CAAACUAAAAACUUGAAACUGAUUUUGAAUUUCCUUUUAUUCGCAUUCACAGCAACUUGCAUGGCGUCGUCCUCGUACACACCGACAGCUGUUGCUCCCGACUCGAGGAUAGUGCGAUUAGCAGUUGUGGCCGCUGAUGGUCUGUACAAGCGCGAUGUAUUUCGCUUGCCUGACCCAUUUGCAGUAGUUACCAUCGAUGGUGAACAAACAAAGUCAACAUCUGUAAUCAAAAGAACUUUAAAUCCGUAUUGGAAUCAAUCGUUUGAUUUAGUUUUGCGUAACGAGAGUGUGAUUACCGUCCAGAUUUUUGAUCAAAGAAAAUGGAAAAAAGACAAGAACCAAGGCUUUUUGGGAGUGAUUAAUAUCCAAAUGAGUUCUGUUUUCAAUAUUCAAACAGGUGGCGAUGAAAUGCUGACGGUCGAACUGAAAAAAUCCAGCAGCAGAGAUGUUGUAACGGGAAAACUGGCCAUCAAUCUGUCCACCAAUCUUGACCAGCCUGCACCCAGCCACUCGUAUGGCGUAAAUGGACUAUCAACUGAUCUUGGUGGUCUAUCGCUUGGCACAGAUGCAUCGCCGUCUACAGCUUCUCGUCCUCUAUCUUCUCUUUCAUCUGCAAGUAUGCCCAUUCCAAUAGAUUCAACCACUAAACUAGGAUCCAACGUAACGUUUCUUUCCCCUGACGCUGCCAACGGACCUAAUGGAGCUCGACCCAGUAGUGAUACCAACUCUAUCAAUGGCAUGUCCUCCAUUGAAGAUCAGUUUGGCCCUCUUCCUCCUGCAUGGGAGCGACGAGUGGAUCACCUUGGAAGAACUUACUACGUUGAUCACAAUACUCGCACCACUACCUGGCAUCGACCUAGAGUCAAUGCAUCACAAGAACAACGUGCCAUCACUGAGAUUGAACGGACACGCCAUAACAAUCGUACAUUGCCUGGUGAUAACUCUGUAUCGGAAUCCAAUAGUGUAUCUGGAACCGAAUUCUUUGCUGCUACUUCACCUCGAGAAGAAUCCGCCAUGUCGAAUGCUCCAAUGUCUGCUUCUGUUUCAGCGGCUGCUUUGCCCACAGAUGCUUCACCUCAAGCCGCUACUGCAUCACUUGGUCCACUUCCUGCAGGUUGGGAACAAAGGGUUACACCAGAAGGAAGAUCAUACUUUGUAGAUCAUAAUACUCGUACAACAACUUGGCUAGAUCCUCGUCGACAAUUAAAUGCUGGGCAAGCGGCAUCGCAGCUGGCAGUUGCUCAACAGCAAUCUCAACAGGCACUGGGUCCAUUGCCUUCUGGUUGGGAAAUGCGCAUGACCAAUACUGGAAGAAUAUACUUUGUGGAUCACAAUGCCAAAAUCACCACAUGGGACGAUCCCAGAUUGCCCAGUAAUGUUGACAGCAAUGUUCCUCAGUAUAAACGUGAUUUUCGGAGAAAGCUUGUAUACUUUCGAUCCCAGCCUGCGUUGCGUCCCAUUCCUGGCCAAGUUCAUGUUGCAGUGCGUCGAUCCAACAUUUUUGAAGAUUCAUUUACUGAAAUCAUGCGUGUCCCUGCUGUUGAUCUCAAAAAACGUCUUAUGAUCAAGUUUCAAGGCGAAGAUGGUCUUGACUAUGGUGGUUUGUCAAGAGAGUUUUUCUUUUUACUCUCACAUGAAAUGUUCAACCCCUUUUAUGGUCUUUUUGAGUAUUCUGCACAUGACAACUACACUUUGCAGAUCAAUCCACAUUCAGGCAUCAAUCCAGAGCAUCUCAACUAUUUUAAAUUUAUUGGCAGAGUAGUCGGUCUAGCUAUUUUCCAUCAACGGUUUCUUGAUGCCUUUUUUAUCACAUCUUUUUACAAAUUGAUUCUCCACAAAAAGAUUUCAUUGAAAGAUAUGGAAAGUGUGGAUGCUGACUUGUACAGAAGUCUCAACUGGACGCUGGAAAACUCGAUUGAGGGUGUUUUGGACUUGACAUUUACGGCAGAGGAUGAACGGUUUGGUGAGAUUGUAACGGUCGACUUGAAAACGGAUGGAAAGGAUAUUGUUGUAACGGACGAAAACAAAGCAGAGUAUAUUCAGCUGAUUACAGAAUGGCGUAUUGGAAAACGUGUUGAAGAACAAACCAAGGCGUUUUCGGAUGGAUUCCAUGAGUUGAUUCCUCGUGAUUUGGUCAAUGUGUUUGACGAGCGCGAGCUUGAACUUCUGAUUGGCGGUAUUGCUGAUAUUGAUGUAGACGACUGGAAAAAACAUACCGACUAUCGUGGCUACACUGAAGACGACGAAGUGAUCCAGUGGUUCUGGAAGUCUGUGCAAUCAUGGGAUUCAGAAAAGAAAGCCCGUUUAUUACAAUUCGUGACGGGCACGUCUCGGAUUCCCGUCAAUGGAUUCAAGGACUUGCAAGGAAGUGAUGGUCCUCGUCGAUUUACUAUUGAAAAAACGGGCGAGAUUGAAUCGCUACCCAAGUCUCAUACCUGCUUUAACCGUCUUGAUUUACCACCAUACCGAAGCCAGUCUGCAUUUAAUCGGAAAAUUACAUUGGCGAUUGAGGAAACAAUUGGAUUUUUGCAGGAAUAGGGGAUUGCGUGUAUUGAGUGGAUUCUAUCCUUUAUUUUAUGUUUUGCUUCAUUUUUUCCACUUGAAUUAAUUUCCAGUUGUUCAUUCUCUGUUUAAACCAUGAGAUGGACAAGCUGUUGUAACUUCC